ACACCGAAGACACGGCGGAAUUACACCUUCAGAAUAUUAAGUGUUCACUAGAUCCGCGCAGAAUGAGGCGAUUUGCGUUCAUUUAUAUUUGUCUUGCUGGGGAUUUUUACAUAGCCUUUGGUUUGACGGAUGCACCGACUCUUGGACGUACAGAUACUCCCAGACUUGUGAGCAAAGACAGUGGUGGGUUUGAGUUCCAAGUCCAUCAGAAUCACACUGUGAUCUUCUAUGAUGAUAGCUCAGAGGAGAUGUAUGUUGGAGGGACUGAUUUUGUGAUCAAACUUGAUGUGAAUGACAGCAAUAACAUAAAGAAAUUUCCUCUGAAAACAAUAGGACACCAACAGUACCAAGAGGGUGAAAAUGUCAUCACCGUGAUUGAGAAGUUUCAGGACAGCCUGCUUGUCUGUGGAACGAAUGGAAGAAAACCACAGUGUUGGAAACUGUUUUCAUCAGUGAACAAUCAGACAGAUGAAAUUACAGAGAGUUAUGACGGAACAGGCAUCUCUCCAUUCACAUACACCCAGAACUCCAUUUCAAUCGUAGUAGAGGAGGACCUGUAUGCAGCAACACCUUUGAAUAGUGAUGGGAGUUCAUUACAGUUCAGAAGAAAAGCUGGCAUCACAGGUGAUGUCUGGAUGCAUCAUAAGUGGGUCUCAGAGCCCACGUUCAUCUCUGCGUCCUGGGUGAAACGAAAAGAAGACCGUGAAAAUGAGAAGAUUUACGUCUUUUUUCGUGAAAAGAACUCAGACCACAGCCCGGAGGCUGACCCCUGGAUAUCUAGGGUUGCCAGAGUUUGUAAGGUAGAUGAAGGUGGACCUAAAAGAUUCCUCCAGAAUAUUUGGACAUCUUUUCUCAAGGCCCGCCUUGUCUGUGGGUUUCCACAUGAGUCUUUGUAUUUCAACCAUCUCCAAGAUGUUUAUGUGGUACAUGAUGACCACUGGCUUAACACCACAGUCUAUGCCCUUUUCACAAGCAGCUGGAACUCUACAGCAGUUUGCAUCUAUUCUGUAGAAAUGAUUGAAGAAAUAUUUGAGAACUCAGCUUUCAAAGGAUUCAACAAAGAGAUUCCUAAACCAAGGCCAGGAACUUGUGUAAAAAACAGCAAGAGCCUGCCGCUGUCCACACUGAGUGUGGUAAGGGACUAUCCUGAACUGACUAGCUGGGUUCACUCCACGCGCUACACAGCACCGUUUUACAUAAGCAGCAAUAACUACAUAAAAAUAGCCGUGGACCGAGUCCAAGCUGCGGAUAAGCAGAUGUAUAAUAUUCUGCUUCUAGCCACUGAUUCUGGGAAGAUCCAUAAAAUCGUUGAGGCUGGACCUAAACCUUUCAUCAUCUCUGAAACACAACUCUCCAGCAAUUCAACCGUCCAGACCAUGAAGCUUGAUUCCAAAAAGAAAACGUUAGUCGUGGGUUUUUCAGACAAAAUAUCCAUUGUGGAUCUCCAGAGGUGUCAGGACUACAACAACUCCUGUGCAGAGUGUGUUCUAGCCCAGGACCCAUACUGUGCCUGGACUAAAUUUGGAUGCACCCCGACUGUCCUGGGGGGCAUUCAAAAUGUCAUGGAUGGGCAAAUAAGUGUGUGCUCUACAUCAGAAGAAGAACAUAGACAAGUAAGCCGGACCAAACGGGAGACAACAUUGAGAACAGUUCAUUCGGUCGCCCUGGGUGUCCCUUUCUAUUUGUCAUGCCCUAUAGACUCGUACCAUGCUGCGUAUACGUGGGAGCACGACGGUCAGAGCAGCCCCUGUCUACAGAUGCAGUCUAACUGCCUGCACCUCAUCCCUGCCAUGUCAAAUGAGAACUAUGGGAACUACGAGUGUAUUUCCAAAGAGAAAGACUACACAAAAGUGGUGACACAAUAUCAGCUGAAACAAUAUCAGCUUACAAAACCAAUGAUAAGGACAAUAAAUUAUUCAUCAGCUGUUAUUCCACAGAUAGGAUGGCUCACACCUUUACUGGCUGUAGUAGUAUUGGAGGUUUUCAGUUAGAGUGUGCACUAAAAACUAUCUACUUCACAACACUUUUUUUGAAAAGUAUUUCUCAGAACCAUAUAUUUGAAAAUGUAGCAUCAACAUUUUCAGUUCCUCUGCCAUUUGCUAUUCAGGUCAGGAUGUAGGCAGCACUAAAGGAAAUCCACUGUAGUAUCAACAAAUUUUGCAUCUCGACAGUCAAACAGGAACAUUCCCAUUAAAGCCUUAUUUAUGCAACGGGCUGUGUUUAAAUAGCAAUAGCAACCUUAUUUUUAUAACCUAUUUUUAAAAACAAGCAUUACUACAAGUACUAUAAGUCCUGUACAUGUUGAGAUUGGCUUGCAGACCUAGGAAUUUUCUUUGUGUCAACAGCUGUGUCACAGUUGACGGAAGGGUGGAGGUGGCCAGGAACACUGACAACCCUCCCUGUUUUAUUCAGGGAGGGUUGUCACUGUUCUUAAUCAUCUGCAGGAAGUGCAAUAGCAUGAAGGGAAUAGUUUUGACCGCAUCUACCCCAGUGGUCACCAAUUGGUGGGCUCCAUAAUAAUAAUGCAGGUGACCACUGAUCUACACAGUAUUCACACUUCUGUCACUGAAGGUUUGAUUAUUUACUUUUCUUGACAGUUAUUCAUAUCAAAGUAGGACUAUGUAACUUUAGUUGAAGAGUAGCCAUGUUGCCACAAGUGACAAUUUUGAGGUAAUAGUAAAGGCUAAAAUAUACAUUUGUGCAGUAGCAGCAAAAUUAGAAACAAGUUCGGAAAUGUGGCUUUGUAAGGUGCAUUGCAGAGAAACAUCUGGCUAACGUUUGCUUGUAUCAGCUUAAUAUUUCAAAACCAAAAGUUAUGUAUGAGUAUAAUUAUUUGUUUGUAGGAAAACAAAUGUGUUAUUUCUUCUAUCAAAAGUGACAAGGUUUUGCUUUAAACAAGAAAUGUUUACAGCUACUAAGCUACAUAUAUUUAUUAUAU